AGUUUUCCGCCAGUUGUGAGAAAGUGCGCGCGUGUUUUGAAUAAUAUCUGUGAUGGCUUCACUAGCCGUGUUUGAUUUCGAUCGUACUAUAGUCGACGCAGAUUCUGACGCAACUAUAAUAAAUAAACUACGUGAAAAACAACCUCCGCCCGAAUGGGAAAAUUCUACUAAUGACUGGACUCCAUACAUGAGUAACGUGUUCGAGCACGCGUACUCGGCCGGCAUGCACCCAGACGACAUCCUGGACAGCAUAGCGUCGAUGCAGCCCACGCCGGGGAUGACCCGCCUACUGGAGACCCUCGCCUCUGCCGGCUGGGACAUAUUGCUGAUAACGGACGCCAAUACUGUGUUCGUCAACCAUUGGCUGAAGACACAUGGCUUGGCGGAUGUUGUAACAUCUGUGAUCACGAACCGUGCGUUCUGGGAGCGCGGUCGUCUGUUCAUCGAGCCGUGCAUGCGGCAAGUGGCGUGCAAUCGCUGUCCCACUAACCUGUGCAAGUCACUCGCACUAGCGCAGUACUGCGCCGCCCGGGACCCGUACGCGCGCGUAAUUUACGCCGGUGACGGCAGGAACGACUACUGUCCAUCGACAAAUCUACCUGCACACGCGAUAGUAUUCCCCCGUCGCGGUUAUCCAUUAGAUGAUCUGAUCAAGAAGACUCUCUCCACCGCCAACCCUCAGGUGAAAGCUAAGGUGGUCCCCUGGGAGACCUGCGACACAGUACUCCAGGAAAUAUUCCCCGAAUCUAUAUCAACGCAUUGAUGCAUAGCUAGCGCAAUAUUUAGAUUAAUUUUAUAUUUAUUUUAUACACCUUAUAUGAUACACUGACAAAUUAUUUACUAUAAAUAUGUUUUGAUCAAAAUAAUAUAUUUAAUUAU